AUGAGUUCUGCCAGCAUUUCCGAGGAGAUUUCGCAUACAAUGGAUGAGGAGUAAGGUGUAAGAAUUAAAGAUGAGUAAGUCUUCGAAGCGAGCAGAAACAAAGGACGCAGAGAAAAAGCGACUACAAGUUUGAAAUGGGCAAAAUGUCAACCGCAACCUACAUCCCAACUCACUUCAUGAAAGGAACACAAGUCAAGACUACCGACGGAUUGUUGAAAAAGGUUUGAACAAGUUCAGGAAAAAAAGUGAACAGGUAAAACAAAAAUGAAAAAAAAGUGAAAAAAAAAAUUCAAAAUAUCAAAGACAAGUCAAAUAUUACGGUGAUCAGUAAGAGAAAAUCGGACAUUUUUGAGCGAUUCUAGUGAUCACCUGAGGGUGUUGACGCUACUGAAAUGGUCACUAGAAAAGCCCCGACAUGUUCGAUUCGGGUCCGGGUCGUGACACAAAAGUCCGAAGAGCAGGCUUGUGCCAGGGCCAGCCCGUCAGCCUAUGGGCCAUUUUCUGAGCCCGGCCCGGCCUUGAUAAGGCUUUAAGCAAAUAUGACCGGCCCGAAAAGCUCAUAUUUCCUUCAAGUCGAAGAUUACGAUUUUUACGAGAAAAAUUAUGUUUUUGCUCAUUUUUAUCUCAUAGAGUUGAUGGAAACUAUGAUUCAACGAGUAAAAUUAAUUUAAAAAUGAAAUGAAACGCAGCAUUAGUUGUGUCACUGAGUACAGUUUGCCGGAUUUAAAACCUUUACUGAUAAAUUUUUGCAAUAGAUCAAGCUCCAAUGAGCGAAAAUUUCUUAUUUUCUUUCAAAAGAAAAAAUCGAGAUCUUUCAGGUGGAAGAAGUGUGCACGGACGACUUUCUGAAAAGCGCAAGUGAGUCGUCGGAAGUUGCCGUUAACGCAAGUGUCAUCCGAGAAGUCCAGAAGUCUCCAUGUAAUAACUCCGUCAUCAUAACUUUUCAAGUCGGAGUUCAUCUGGAAGUGGUUCGUUCUUGAAAAAUACAUUCGCGAUUUUUCACAAAAAAAUUUUUCUGUAUAUUAUUCUUUUGAGUUUUUUUUCCGAAUCCUUAUCGGAAAAUUUCUAGCAGUACCGGAAGAAAAUGCUCCAUGAACUCCUAUGUUUUUUAGAUAUCGCUGAAAGCCCAGUGUGAACACCCUUUCUACGUGCUGGGCAAGGGUUGGUGUAGCUGCGAGCCUACGAAAACGGCAGAGACCUAUGGCCUUGAAACCAUGCCUCUGGAGGUAAGAUCAUUGAAAAAUUUAAAGCCUGGAAGUUUAAAAAAAUUCUAUUGCCUUUUUUUCACCCACUCUAUCAAAAAAAAAUACUUGUGGACAGAUUCUGGUAACCUCCCGAUUCGCCUUUUGAAAAAUUUCCCCGCGAAAAAUACGACUUGUUAGCAAAAAAAAUGUAAAUUAGAACAAGACGUAGGCAAAAACUUAAUUUUUUUUGACUGUUUUCCUAUUUUUUUUAACUUUCUUAUUGUUAUUUUAUUCAAAUUAGAUACUUUUUCCUACAAAAAACGUGUUCAUCAGAAUUUUAUCGACACGACGUUUAUUUGGCGACGCCACGCCCAUUUUUCCGUAAAGUGGAGUGUGUCGUGUGCAUGCACCGCGGCGCUCUCGCGCAUGCCAAGUUCAAAAUAAUUUUCGAGAAUAUCAAAAUCAUAUCUGAAUUUCUGAAGUUCAGCUAUAUUUUUCACUUUCUGGUGGCUAUUUUGAAUUUCGCGGAAUUACUUUCAAAGCCCAAAACCGAAUUAAGUGUAUGCACAAGUUCAACCUACAGUAUGGCAAUGUGAUAGAGAACUGCGAGAGGUCGUUGUUUCAAGUCGUAUUGGAAGGCUUUCAAAAACUUUUUAAGGUGGGCGACGUCUGCAUGGUGCUGACGAAAAAGUCGGCCACUCUGGAAGGCACCGUGAGUCUAGCGCUGGCGCAGCGCCAAAUCGAGCUUUCCAGCAAAAUGCCGUCAGUUGGGGAGCGAUGUCGAGAGGAGGUCAGUUUCAGAACUCAAUCAGAGAAGCAUCCUCCUGUUCUACAGUCGUCGAAUGAGUCGCGCAGGUCCGUUCCGCCUCGGUCCUCUUCUUUUCCACGCUACUCGUCACGAAAGCGAAAGUCACAUUCAGGAUGA